AUGCGAUUACCUAUUAUCUUACUGUUUUUAUUGGCUGUGAUAUCUUACAGUCAUGGUAAACAACCUCGUGGUUCUUUAAAUAUAUUUGAUGUUAAACCAACUGUGGGACAACCGUGGCCAAAACCACAAACAAUUAAAACAACUUCACAACAAUAUGCUGUACAUCCAUCUGCCUUUCAUUUUAUGGUGAAUUCAACAAGUCAAUCAUGUGAUCUUCUUACAAGUGCAUUCGAUCGUUAUUAUAGAAUUAUUUUUUUUCCACAAACUUAUUUAAAUCAUAUUCUUGAUCCAGAAUUAGCCAAACAUGAAAAACAAAUUGAACCAAAAAUAAGUUUAGCUGAUCUUCAAGAUGCAACACUACUUAAACGACUUAAUGUUCAUAUUCAACAGCCUUGCGAACAAUAUCCAAGUCUUGAAUCUGAUGAAUCAUAUUCACUUACUAUCGAUUCUGAUAGUGCUAUGCUUGAAUCUAUAACAAUUUGGGGUGCUCUUCGUGGUCUUGAAACAUUCAGUCAAAUUAUUUAUGCUGAUGAUAAUCUCGGAUUUGCUGUUAAUAAUACAAUGAUCAAUGAUUUUCCUCGUUUUAAACAUCGAGGAAUACUUGUUGAUACAUCACGUCAUUUCAUUUCAGUCAAAACAUUAAAAAUGAAUUUGGAAGCUAUGGCAGAAAGUAAAUUGAAUGUCCUUCAUUUUCAUAUUGUUGAUGAUCAAUCAUUUCCUUAUGAAUCACGCACAUUUCCUGAAAUCAGUCUUGCAGGAGCAUAUAAUCAAGCACAUGUUUAUUCACAAGAUGACAUCGCUGGUUUAAUUGAAUUUGCACGUCAACGUGGUAUUCGUGUUGUUGUGGAAUUUGAUUCACCAGGUCAUACACAAUCAUGGGGAUUAGCUAUUGAUAUUCUAACACAUUGUUAUAGUGGAGGAAAACCAAAUGACGAAUUCGGACCAAUGGAUCCAAGUCGAAAUACAACAUUUGAUUUCUUAAAAAAAUUGUUCAGUGAAGUUGCUAGUGUUUUUCCUGAUCAUUAUAUGCAUUUAGGUGGUGAUGAAGUUGAUUUUGAUUGUUGGAGAAGUAAUCCAGAUGUUCAAGCUUUUAUGCUUAAAAUGGGAUUUGGAACUGAUUAUUCAUUACUUGAACAAUAUUAUAUGCAAAAUGUCGUUGAUAUUGUUGGUGCAACAGGAAAAGGUUAUACUGUAUGGCAAGAAAUUAUUGAUAAUAAUGUAACAGUAAAAGCUGAUACUGUUGUUGAAGUUUGGAAGGAUCCAUAUCCACAAGAAUUAGAACGUGUUACUAAAUUAGGCUAUCGUACUCUUUUAUCAACAUGUUGGUAUUUAGAUUAUAUUUCCUAUGGUUCUGAUUGGGUUAAAUAUUAUAUGUGUGAUCCACAUAAUUUUAAUGGUACUGAUGAACAAAAGAAAUUAGUUGUCGGUGGCGAAGCUUGUUUAUGGGGUGAAUUUGUUGAUGCUACAAAUCUUAUUUCAAGAAUGUGGCCAAGAGCUUUCAGUAUUGCAGAACGUUUAUGGUCAGCAGCUGACGUAAAGGAUCCUGCUGUUGCAAAACCUCGAUUUGAAGAACAUCGUUGUCGAUAUGUCAGACGUGGUAUUCCAGCUUCACCAGAAAAUGGUCCAAGUUAUUGUGAUUAUGAAUAUAAUCGUUAA